AUGGAUGGCCAGAUCCAGGGCGCCGCAGAGACUCUUUCGGGGGUGAACAUUACCUUGACAAUGACUUCGCUCUGUCUCUCCGUCACCCUCUCGGCCCUGGACAUGACCAUUGUGACUACGGCCGUGCCAGCCAUUGUGGCAUCGCUCAAAUCGACGGCGGGCUACGUCUGGGUGGGCUCGGCAUUCAUCCUGGGCUUCACGGCCGUGACGCCUAUAUGGGGCUCGGUUGCGGACCUCUUUGGCCGGCGGCCAAUUAUCCUGAUUGCCCUCUCCAUCUUCCUGGUCGGCAGCCUGCUAUGCGCGAUUGCGCCGCACAUGGAUGCGCUCAUUACCGGCCGUGCCGUCCAGGGUAUCGGCGCUUCGGGAAUGGGUGUCAUGGUUAACACCAUCAUAUGCGACAUGUUUUCGCUUCGAGAUCGCGGCUUAUACCUCGCCAUUACCUCUGUCAUAUGGGCUGUUGGGAGUGCUCUGGGUCCAGUACUCGGCGGUGUGUUCACAACCCGGUUGAAUUGGCGAUGGUGUUUCUGGAUCAAUUUGCCAUUGGGUGCAGUCGUCUUCAUUGUGCUCCUCUUUUGCCUUAGAGUACCGUCACCCAAUACCUCUGUCGUAGCUGGUCUCAAAGCGAUUGAUUGGACCGGCAGCGUAUUCUGCGUCGGAGGAGCCCUAAUGGUACUUCUCGGUCUUGACUUUGGCGAUGAGGCCUACCCCUGGUCAUCUGCAGCAGUAAUCUGCCUCAUUGUAUUCGGCAUCGCCUUGAUUGGCAUUUUCCUCGUCAAUGAGUGGAAGCUUGCUGCCAAUCCCAUCAUACCUCUGCGCCUGCUCUCCAGCUGGUCCAAGGUCUGCGCAUAUGGCGUCUUCUCAUUAAACGCAUACGUACUCAUUGGAUUUACCUACUACUUACCCCUGUAUUCGCAGUCUGUGCUGGGAGCGGAUGCAUUGACGUCUGGGCUGCAUCUACUCCCGCUCAUUGUGUCAUGCUCUCUCUCGGCAGCCUGUGCCGGCGUCUUCAUUCAACGAACGGGUAAAUACCGGCCGCUCAUGUAUGCGGCGCAGGUACUCUUGACGCUCGGAUCGGGGCUCUUUAUCGACCUAGAGUUUGAGCAAAACAUCAAGAAGCUCGUCAUCUUUGAGAUCCUCGCCGGAGUCGGUGUCGGGCUCAACAUUGAGGCGCCCGUCAUUGCGGCGCAGGCCUCUACCACCGUGCGCGACACCGCGGCAGUGGUUGCCACCAUGGGCUUUUUGCGAUCCAUAGCGACAGCCGUGUCCGUAGUUGCGGGCGGAGUCAUUUUCCAGAACGUGAUGCGAAGUGAAAACUUGGCUCUGGUCGACCAGCUUGGUCAGCAGUUGGCGGGCCAAUUCGAUGGCGAAAAUGCUUCCGCAAAUGUCGACAAAAUCGCUGCUUUGCCGAGUGAUCAAGGAGUUCUUGUCAGACAAGCUUACUUUAAGGCGCUGCGGACCGUUUGGAUAAUGUAUGUCGCGAUAGCAGGUGUUGCAUCCGUAUUGACCCUAUUUGUCGGGGAAUAUCAUCUCAGCAAUGAGAGAAAUGAAGUCGUCCUCGGAGUUGACCGAGAAGAACCGCGUACAAUGGCUCAGACCAGCCAAGCGGCAGAUCCUCCAAUUGAAUUGACUAGGAGGAGGCAGAAUGCUGGCUCAUGA